UUCUUCUUCUUCCUCAUUGAUUCUAUUCGCCGGCUCUCUUCUUCUUUGGAGGUGGGUCAUCCAUGGCUUCUCUCAAGCAAGCUCAGACUUAUGGGGGGAAAGGUUCUUCAGUUAGUUCUUCUAGCUUCCCAAUCUCUUUAUGAAUAUGAGCUCUCUGGACCUUAUAUAUUUCAACAGCUCAAUUUGUAUGAAGGCUUAGCCAGUCUGUAUUGCUGCUGUUUAUUUGCCAGUUCAUUUGAUCAAGAGGAGGAAUGCAGGGCACAGCCAGACUAUAUUGCUGCUUUUGAUUUGCCAUUGGAAGAUUUGAUCAAGAGGAUGAAUGCGGGGUCAGCAUUCUAUAUUUCUGCUUUGCCAUCUCAAUUUGUAUGGAAGUGGAAAGGUUUUAUCAAGAGGAGGAAUACAGGCUUAGCCAGUCUGUAUUGCUGCUGUUUAUUUGCCAGCUCAUUUGAUCAAGAGGAGGAAUGCGGGGCUCAGCCAGACUAUAUUGCUGCUUUUGAUUUGUCAUCUAGCGAUGACUUCGAGAGUGCUUCAGAACAGUUACUCUAGCAUCGAUGUUGUUGAUCUGGAGACAAGUUUGUUACAUUUUCACCGAAGAUUGACGUACAUUCUUCCUUUUUCUAUUUUUUCCACGCUACAACUAUUUAUCCACUAUAGACGUUGUAUGAGACCGGAAGGUAGUAAUCGAGUUAUCCACUGUAGACGUUAGAUGAGAGCGAGUUAUCCACUGUAGAUG